AUGUUUUCCAAAGUGCUAUUAUCAUUGAUUUUUAUUAGUCGAUGUCAAGCAUUUUUCAAAAACUCUCCACUUCGAUUGAAUACAAUAACUAAUCGUCGCAAUCUAACAUGCGCAUCCGAUUUUGGUAAUUCCGAUCUAUUCACUGAUUGUGAUUAUUGCGUCUAUGAAUUUUUCAAUAACGGUGCUAAUUCAUUCAUAUAUCAUGAUUGCAUUUACAUAACGAAUUCUUAUCGUCUUGUAACGCAACGUUGCACAGGGUUCACUGAAACAAGCGAUAUUGGCUAUGGUCUUUGUUCUAAAUUAUCCUUUGAAUAUCAUGAUAUUGAUUUGUUGUGCAUAUGUGCAGCGGAUCUUUGUAAUCAGAAUUUUACAACAUGCAAACAAUCGGUUGAUACAAGUCCGAAUUUACCAUCGCUGCCUUCACCUGUACCAUCACUUACCGUUGAAUCAUCAGCCAUCAAAUGUCAAGAUACACCUGUUGGAGUUUUAAAUUCUACGUAUUAUUGCAUACGAGAUUCAACGCCUUUUAUAAAUAUGGUCCAAUGUGAAGAGUAUGUUCUGAAUCAUACUGUAAUGUGCAUGUAUUCAGAAAGUGAUAAUGGAAAUUAUUUAACGCUCGUCGCAUUACCCGACGAAGAUUAUGAAUAUGUAUUAGUUGGUCAAAUACAACAAAUGCAAAGGCAAGCAGCACAAUCGAAUUAUAAACAAUAUUAUAACGAGACAGAUAAUUCAUUUUAUAUCAAUGGAGAAGAAACAUUUGUAAAUUCGAUUAAUUAUACUAUUAUCUAUAAUAAAUGUUAUUGUCGAACAACUGAUUGUAAUGCUAAUUUAUCAACUUGUCUGCAAAUUUCUGUGACAAACAAUAACCAAACUAGAAAUACGAAUAAUGUAUUGGUGAUUACGAUUUCGAUGGGUUUUAUCAUAGUAACGAAAUUUUUAAAAAUAAUUCUGUGCUAA